CUCUUUAUUUAUUUAAGCUCUUUUUUUUUGUAUAUUAUUUUAUAUUCCUUAUCACUUAUAAAAUAUUUUCCAAUUAAUCUAAAAAUAAAUUCAUUAUGAAGGAUGGUUUUAAACUGUUAGAGAUUGAACCAACAGAAGGCUAUCUUGAUUUUGUAGGACCUGCAAAGAUAUCAGAAAAUAAAUUAAAUGAGCCAUUGCGCGUUUUGAAAGGAGAGGUCAGAAUUACGCUUACAAAACCAGUAAAGAUUCGAAAUAUGUUUAUCAAAUUCAAAGGAUUUAGCAGUAUCACACUCUCAAAACCUUAUAAUAUAGAAGCCAAUUGUCCGUUUUUACCAAAGUUAAAACUAUCUCUUUUUGGAAAAACUACCCUGCCAGCUGGAGAUCAUAUUAUACCUUGGGAAUUAGAUAUACCCAAUAUAUACCCUCGUAGUUUACUUAUUAAGAGAGCAAGUAUUCACUAUAAAGUCAUUGUUUCUAUAUCAACCGGAAUUACUAGUAAAUCAAUAACCGCAGAAUAUCCUAUUAUUAUCAGACGUCAUCUGUUACCAUAUAAAGAAUUGGCUCCUCUAAUUGAAACAAGAAUCUUUCAAAGAACUGUACCUGGUAAAUUUCAUUAUGAAAUUGAUAUUCCACAGAUUAUUUGUAUUGAACAAGAAUAUAUACCAAUGGCUAUCAAAUAUGUUAGCAUUGCAAAUCAAAAGCCAGUGCAAUCAAUUCGGACCCGUUUAAUACAAAUAGAAUUAUAUAGAUUUCAACCCUUAUCUAAAUCAGACUAUAAUUUAACUACAAUGGAUCGAGAUUCCUUUAUCUUCAAUUUAGAUAAAAAAAUUAUAAAUUCAAACUAUUAUAAAGAUAAUCACGUUAAAUAUAUUAAGAGAAGUGUCCCUGCACUUAUUCAUUUAACAGGUACAUCAACGUCUAUAUGGAAAAGGCCAUGUUUAGUUCGACAUGGUCUCUAUCCUUAUUUAUCAUAUACCUUAGUUUCUCCACUUAUUUCUAUCUAUCAUCAAGUCGAAGUAACUUUUCAAUUCGGUCAAAAAUACGAGGAAAUAAAAUCUAAAAUUCCAAUUAUUAUCGCAUCUGUGCCACAACAGGGUGUAUCGAAUAACGAAAAUUCUCCUUCACCAGAAUUGAAGUAUGCAUUUGAAGAAGCUGCACGUUCAGAUUAUUUGAAAUAUGUCACAGAAUCUUCAACUAAAAAUAAUGAUAUGAUAGAUAAUAAUCGGAAUGAAGAGGACAGUUAUGGAUCACCAUUACUUCGAGAUAUCUCAACAAACAUAGAUGUUUCUCUGGAUAGUUCUUUGAACGAUAGAUUAAAAACUAUGAACCCUAUAUCUACAACAACAACUGCUACUACUACUACUACUACUACUACUACUAACAUAAAUACCCUAUUCCCUGUUUAUAAUAAUAAUUCUAAAAGCCUUUUUUCACUUUCUCCACACUCUGACUAUCACUUAGCAUAUAACCAUAAUCAUCAAAAAAAGUUUGCAUCAGCAGUUGACCUUAGUACUGAUUCAAUUAAAUCGAUCAAUGAUGUGGAUGAUUUUGAAGGUUUACCUACAGAACGUCCAAGGACUACAACACCUACCAUGAGAAGAAAUAGGAAAAUAUUAAAACCUAUUGACGUUGAUUUAGCGAAUGGCAAAAAGCAAUAUCCAACACCAGCGCAACUGUUAUCAAAUGAAUGUGUUGAUCCCGAAGAUAUUUCCAAAGCAGAUAUAUUUUCAAUUGCUCACUAUCAAUAUAAGCAGCUAGCAAGUGCCUCUAUUAAAAAUCAAAACUUGUACCAUUGUGAUAUCACUGCUUUUGAUAGCAUAAAUCAUGAUGAUUUACUAUCUGUUUGCUCUGAAACAUCUAUUCUGAGUGCGAAUAUGCCUAUCUCAGCUGUACGAAGUCAUCCAUCUUCAUUACAUUCGAGACCACCUUCACCUGGAUUUACUCCAGCACCAGGUAUACCUGCUACAAUUGCCUUACAACCCCAAUAUCAAAAUAAACAAGCCAUAGAAGAAUUAUUUCCAGCAGCACCCGAUUCAGCUACUAUCUCCUUAUCAUCCUUUGCUAUGAAUACAAUAGCAUCAUCCACUUUACUAUCACAUAGGACAAGUGAUACAACUCAGAAACGUAUUGCAUUAUCCUCAAUCUCAUCCUUAACGAAUGAUUCACUUAUUGUAGGGCCACCUUCUUCAAAUAGUAGUCAUCGUCGAGUUCGAUCAUCUUCUGCUGUCGAUCCAGAUAUACAAUCACUUAUAAUACAACAUAAUGCUCUCUAUUCUUCAUCCCUUCAAUACAUUUAUGAAAAGCUGCCUCCAUUACCAUCUGACUUGAAGUCAACUAAACGACUAACAAAAGUUUAUUUAGAUGAUAGUGAUGAAGAAGAACAUCAUAAAUAUGAACUACCACCAAUUCCUUCUCAAUUACCAUCAUUAAAUGAGAAUAAUAAUAAUAAUAAUAUAGAAUUUACUCAAGUUGAUAUUGAGCCUCCAAAAUUACCCAGAUUAUCUUUUGGUAAAGAUUUUAGUAUAUCCCUAGGAAUUCAAUAAAACAGUGUCCCUUUUUUUU